AAUGUAUGUUUCAGGUUGCAAAUAUUUUUCCCUUGAAAUUCAGCCUCGGCAGACACGAACGUACUUUUAAACCCAAAGUGCCCCUCCUCCAUCAGCUGAUGACGGUUUAUAAUGUCAAGCCUGAGCCUGGCAGGAAGUGCAUCUUGUGCCUAGCCUGGAAUAUGAGGAGAAGAAGCUGUUUGAAACAGAGCUAUUGUGACAAAAACUCAGCUUUUGACGUAAAAGCAUCGGGAGAUGGACAGUUAUAGAAGGGGACGACCAUGGGGAAAACUAGUCAAAGUGGACUCCACUGAAACUGUCCUGCUUUUCAACAGGGAAUGCACAGUUGGCAGGAAAAAGGGAUGUUAUCUGUCCUUUCCAGCCAACAAACUUGUAUCGGGGGAGCACUGCAAGAUUGUGCAAGAUGAAAUCUCAGGACUGGUGUGGCUCGAAGACACGAGUACCAAUGGCACAGUGAUCAACAUGUCCAAACUGGUCAAGAAGCAAACUCACAUGCUGCAAAAUGGUGAUGUCAUCUACUUUGUAUACAGGAAAAGUGAGCCAGAACAAAACAUCGCCUAUGUUUACCACUCAAUCAACACGGAGCAAGCUGUUUCACAACAUAGUUAUGACAUGGAGAGGUCAGCCCACAGUGCUGCUCCUGUUCCACCUUCAGAGAUGCCACUCUCUGUAGAGCCCGUAAUGCUCACAAAGGCUCCUCGUGAUCCAACUCAGGAGGAACCUCAGCCCUCCACCUCCACUUCCCACUUCUGUAUUGGGAACCCCACCACUCCUGAUCCCAAGGCAAACACGGCCUGCCCUGCCUCUGGCCAAGCUAACAAUGCUGCAAAGGCACAGGAAAUGGAUGUAGAGAACAUGGAGCCACAAAGCAAGAGGAGGAAAACUGAUGAUAAAGAUUAUGAUUUGGACUUUCCACACACCUCUAAUACAGAAGUGGUCAGUUCAACCAAGGGAACUGUUGGGAGUCUUUUGUCUAAACCCCCAGUGGAAGGUACUAAGACAGACAAGAUGGAGGAGAGCCUGACAUGUGUUAUUUGCCAGGACCUCUUGCAUGACUGUGUCAGCUUGCAGCCUUGCAUGCAUGUUUUCUGUGCUGCCUGCUACUCAGGCUGGAUGGAGCGUUCUUCGCUUUGCCCCACCUGCCGCUGCCCUGUGGAGAGGAUUCGUAAGAACCACAUCCUCAACAAUCUGGUGGAGGCCUACCUCAUUCAGCACCCAGAGAAGUGUCGCAGUGAGGAGGAUCUGAAGAGCAUGGACAGUCGUAACAAGAUAACUCAGGACAUGUUGCAGCCGAAAGUUGAGCGCUCUUUCUCUGAUGAGGAGGGCAGUUCAGAUUAUCUCUUUGAGCUCUCAGAUAACGACAGUGACUCUUCAGACAUUAGUCAGCCUCUGGUGAUAUGCAGACAGUGUCCUGGCUAUAGGAGGGAGGUCAGUCAAAUGCUUUUCGCUACCAGUUCAAACUACUGGCUCCCUGGCCUGCCAGCUCUACAGCCUAUACCUCCUCAAGCCAAACCAGCAACACAGGAGGGGUCUGCAAAUCCCACAGGGGAGCAGCCAUCGACAUCAUCUGACAUCCCCUCAGCUCCUCAGGAGUACCGCUGCCCCCCUCAGGGUUGCCACCUCAUAUGUGCCUGCUGCCACCAACCAAUGCCAGACAGGCGUGGCGAGCUAAAUAGCCAGCGGGUUAUUGCUCAGCAGUGUAUGCUGUGCCAGCGACCGUUCUGUCAUAUGUACUGGGGAUGCCAGAGCAUUGGCUGUCAAGGCUGUUUGGCUCAAUUCAGUGAUCUCAAUCUGACAGACAAAUGCCUGGAUGGUGUGCUGAAUAGCAAUAACUAUGAAUCGGAGAUCCUAAAGAACUACCUGUCCUCCAGAGGGAAGUCAUGGAGAGAUCUGCGCCAGGAAUCCUUGCAAAGCUUACAGCAGGGAAACUACUGUCUGACAGAUUGCCGUAUCUCUGCAAAUACCAUCCUGUGCUUCUGCUGUGGUCUGCAAGCAUUCAAGGAGCUCGCCUACAAGUACAGACAGAACAUCCCUUCAUCUGAGCUGCCAGCUGCUGUAACAUCUCGUCCCGACUGUUACUGGGGACGCAACUGUCGCACUCAGGUGAAGGCGCAUCAUGCAAUGAAGUUUAACCACAUAUGUGAGCAGACACGUUUUAAGAGCUGAACGUGCAGCGUGGUUUAUGUGUCCACAAGUGUCAAAUGUAGAUAACUGAGCAUCUUGUUAGACACAAUCUUGUUUGUCCAUCAUGUCUAACUGCCUUCCAAUGUUAUGCAAUAACCUAAUGCAGAAAUUACAAUCGGUAUUCAUUUACAAUAGUGACCAGUGUUUUACUGGACACAGAGCUGUGUGAAAUAAUGCUAUGCACAAUGACGUUGAGGUUCAAUGUUUACUAAAGGUUGAAGCUGCUUAGUUAAGACCUGUGAGGUCAUCAAACAUCAGCAACCUUUUAACUUCAAAUGCAUUUUGUCUUUGGAUCAUGCAUUUAUCUCAUCUUCAAGGUAGCAAACCACCAGCUGUUGGAGUAAUUUAUUUGUUGUUGGUUAAAAGUGCUUCCUGAUAUGUCCUUCAUGGCCUAUGUGACAAAAAUGUUUCUCAGAUUAAGAGUGAGCGAGGCAGUCUGUCAGCAUUAAGGCCAUUUAUGAAUGCUUACACAUUAGUGAGCAUGUUUUACAUUAUGUCCUCCUCCAGCCUCACCUGAAAACACCUGAUGUCUAUUUACUUUCUUUAAUUGUGAUAUAUUUUUUAUGAUUAUUAUUAGUAUAUUAUAUUAUUUUUUGUAUAGUCUUAUCAAAUGCUGAGAUAAGAAUCCAGGGCUUCCUUCAACAUAAUGUUCAUGAAAACAUCUGUCCCACAGUGAAGCAAUACAGAGUUUUACAGUAGUAGCACCAUUUUGGGUCAACACACAAGCUGUUCCCAAAAUCCAACCUGCCAAAUUAUAUUGUAAUGUCAAAAUGUCUCAUGUCUCGCAUUACUGUGUUCCCAACUAAGGGCAAAAAGCCAUGUCAAAGCCCCACAUAUUUACAAGAGUAGAUUCACAAUCCCAUGUGACAUUUGUGUAGGAUUAGGAAGGGGCUGAAUGUUUUGUAAUGCUGUCAGAGAGCACGGGGGCCUCUGUUGUAUGCUUUGCUCUGGUUAAUCAUCUCCGAGGUGAUUAGAGUAGUGUAAAAGGGACGUUUUCUCAGAGCCUCAUAAUGAGGGAUAAGAUGUGAUGAAAUGCACAGCUAGCACAGUUAGACUGCACUCAGGCCAUCAGUAACAGUUAAAAUAUGCUGAAGCUGAUUUUUAUUGGCAGUGGCCCUUGGAGAAAAGCACCAAUAAAACCUAUCAGUAUGUUCUGUUAUUUAUGUUUGUUAUAAAUGGUUAUAUAUAUAUAUUUUUGAUGGGUUCAUUAAGAUGUCUCAGAGGUAUUGAUUAGUUGGAUUUGGUUCAAUUUUCUCUACUCCCUCAGGUACACAAAGUUGCUGUUUGGUUGUUGUAGUUGCAACUUAACCACGUUUGGUGGUCAGAAAAGUUGUGUCAGCAUGUUAAAAACUGUCUCUGAAGAGUGGUGUUGAAUCUGAUGACCUCUCAUUUAUGACUAUCAUCACCCAAGUGUUAGUGAGACUCCGUCAUGCAAACAUGCACAGCUGGUGUUGAUGUACUGUAACAAAUUGACAAAUCAGCCUGUUUUUUGGACUUACUUAGCUUAGACAAAUAAGACCAUCUAGACAUUAGUUUCAAAAGACCUUUAUAUUUUGAAAUCUAAGGAUGAAGUAAUAGUUUUGAUAUUUCCCCUCUUUUUUUAUUUUGUAGGAUCACUAUUAUUAGUGUGUAGCAAAUGUUGGUGGGCAUAAAGAAUGAGUGUUAGAGGAGCUCAGUCUGUUACUUAAACUAUUGAGACAUCUAGCCCAGGAGUAACCUGGCUGGUGCGCUUCGCAAGGUUUGCCGUCUCCAUUUGGUACCAUUCGCUGCUUUGUGUUGCUUUCAAAAUACAGAAUCUACAGGCUCUUCUUCAGGUGUGGAAUAACAAUCCAUUUAUUGACCUGGGAUACAGUCCAUUUUGUCCAUUUCCAGUUUCUAUCAAAAUCCACAACACAACUUAUAGCAUGACAAAAAAAGGUUCACUGCUACAGCAGUCAAAACCCCUUUGCCUUUCUAGGAUCACACUCCUGCCUUUAUACUUGAGCCUGCACCACAGCAAUAUCCUAUGUUCACACAGUAAAUAACAGUCGCAUCCUGAUUAUUUCAAACAUGCUCUGACAGUGAUAGGGUAGAAAUUGUUAAAAACAGCUCUUAGCUUGCAUUUAUUAUAUAUAUAUAUAUAUUUUUUAAACUUAAUUUCCUAUAUAAAUGCUGGUUUUAUUUUUUCAUUAGUAUUUAGCCUUUCAGUUUAUUAUAGAAGAACACAUUGAUCAGCUGCAACAUUAAAACCACUUGCCAAGGUUUCCCCACAGAACAUUGCAUUGUUAUUCAUUUCACCUGUCAGUGAUUUUAAUGUUGUAGCUGAUGGGUGCAUGUGCUAAAUUUUUUUAACAAUGUUGAUUAGAUGCAUUUAUAUUGUACACCUAUGAAGAUAUUUGCACAUAACUUGUCUCUCAAAAUAGAAAGGCUUCUUUUAAGUCUACAGAGAUUAUGAUAUGAACCGAAUAUCCUAGAAGUGUCUCAGCAUAUGAGAUGUCAAUACUGUGGCUCGUUAUGUCUGAUUUGUGAAUAGAUAUUAAGAGUUUCAUUCCAAAAUGAAAUGCACAACAAGAAUAAUGCAAUGGAAGAAAAAUUGAACUGUUUUUAAAGAUAUGCUUGAUAGUAAUGAGUUUUAGAAAAUACUGUGCAUUUUUUACAUAUAGUAUAAAUAACAUUAGCCCUAGUGAUUGUGCAAAGAAUAUGCAUUGUUUUGGAAUGUAGCGCAUAAUAUUUUUUUGGUGUUGGUGGCAAAACAGAGUUGUGAAUGGGCACUUUCCUGGCCUCUGCAGGAGCUCCUGAGUUAAUUUGUGUUGUUGUUGUUAGCAAGGUGGUUUAGGUGUGUUUUUCUUUUGUAGUUUGUUUUUUUUUUUUUUUUUUUUUUUUUUUGUUACCCCUUCAAUCAUGGUGGGUUCACACUGGCAUUCCUUAGCAGCUCAGGCCCUUAGCACAAACCUGGUCGAUCCCCCCGACGGAGUGGCUGAGUUUUAAUUAUUCCCUACUGGAGAUCUGGGCACCCUAAGCCAACAACAGUCCCAAGCCGCUCCAAUCAGGAAUUGGUAUUAAAGAGGCUUUGGAGGAGUGCUUUUUUCCCCCCGGGGUUAGGUAUGUUGUAUACUAAGGUAAAUAUUUACUCCUUUAGUGUGCAAAAGUCUGGACCAAGCAGCUCAGCAGUGAGGAAGAGGCAGGUUUCAUUCUACCUCAUCGCAGCUCCCAGGGAUAUGGGAGGCUGAACAGGCAUCAAGGUCACAUUCACAUCAGUUCAAAUCUGGGAACACAUCUCUACGUGUGGGGAAGGAAGUCCUCACUGAUGCCUGUGAACUUUGUAUGCAAUGCACAAUUUGAACAGACAUUAUGACUACAAUCAGCUUCUAGUUAGAUCUACAGAGCAGCACUAGGCACAUGCAAAGACUUCUUGAGUUUGACAAAUGUUUGAGCAUUUGAUAAAUGCCUCUGUGUCCUGUCUGUUGUAUUAGCAAUGCUAAAAUUAUCUUUGAAAUGCUUAUGAAUCUGACUUGCCUGUUUAUCUUUACAAAUUAAAAGGCUGAUUUAGCCAUGUGCA